AACCUCUUUACCUUCUUCCCUCGCUCACUUAGCCCUGUCACACCCUUCCGGUGCCAAGUUUCCUGAAUCGACCACGUCCUCGUUAACUCCAUCGUCCGCACCCCACUCCAUCGUGACGAUGAGCUGGUUUCAAAAGACUAUAAACCUUCCUGCGCGAUCCCGCGGCUCCUACCUUGUCACGGACCACAUCAUGUCCGAAUUGCCAGAGCUUCGCAACUACAAGACUGGUUUACUGAACCUCUUCAUCCAGCACACGAGCUGCGCGCUGAGCUUGAACGAAAACUGGGAUGCUGAUGUGCGCGCCGACAUGAGCGACGCCCUGGAUAGACUUGUUCCUGAGGAUUGGAAAGGGGACCUCUACCGACACAGCGCAGAGGGGACCGAUGAUAUGCCUGCUCAUAUCAAAUCCGCGUUAAUUGGUGCAAGCGUUACGAUACCCAUUACGAGUGGUCGCUUGGCUACCGGAACGUGGCAAGGAAUUUGGUAUCUCGAAUUUAGGACGUCAAAACAUCACAGAAGGGUGGUCGCUACCAUCCAAGGGGAGAAAAUGGAAUAGACUCGCACAAUAACACCAGUCCCAACCGAGGAAUGGUGAAACUUCAAUUUUGGACCUUUGAAGUUGGACUAAUGGUCGUUAGGAGAUAGGUGUUCUUAGUUGUCCAUAUUAUCAUGAUGCAGAUAGACAGGCUGCACGGUGCUAUUAGAGAAAUGAGGAUUUGCGUCGGAUCCAAUUGCCAGAGGUUGGACAGGAGCUAUUGGUUCUAGAAUUCGAAAGAAUCACCGGCCCAUUCGAGCCAGAAGUUUUUGGAUAGAGCAUUGUCAAUGCUGAAUAAAUGAACUGUUUUUUC